CAGGAUGGAGGUGGGAUGGGUCCUUAGGUGGGCUCCUGAAGGGACAGGGAUGAGCUGCUGGGCUUGGGGAAGCGUCAGGAUUGAGGAGAAUGGGGUGGGUGGAUAUUUGGGAACAGGUGAAUGUGGUGUUUCUGAGAGAUGAAGGUGGGGCAGAGCCUCAGAGCGUCACAGAGUUGUUGCAGUGUGGUUUGGAGGAUUGUCUGUUGGAAUAGUGGGAUUGAUGUGGGAGCUGGAUGCUGGGGUUUGUGUGUGCUUCAUUUCUGGUAAUCCACAGGAGUGUGUGCAGACAGAUUUGUGAUGGUAAGGGCUUUUUCCACAUGUUUCCCCUUGGGGAUAAGAGUAAGCCUGUAGGAUUUAUAGGAGCCUAAAAGCUCUGGAUAUGCACAAAUCCUGUGUUACAUUUUGAGAUAGCAGCGUGUUUUCAAAUUGCUUUUAUUCACUGCUCAGUCUGGAAGGUGGGUCUGGGGUGUCUGUAGCUGCUCAGCACUGCUGGGGGCUUGGAGGCAGCUCAGCUGGGAAGGAUCAGGUGGAUACUGGUGCAAUAUUAGAAAAUGAGAAAUUUAACACUGGUCUGGAUUUGUUUUUUUAUAUAUCUGAGAAGAAGAUAAACUCCACUUUGUGAUCCCUCAGGGAGGUGAUAAAUCUCCCUCAUGAACCACAUCCUUGUUGGGUGAGACCCAAAGCAGCACUGGAGCUGCAGCUCAGGUUUUGUGUUUGAUGAGUCAACCUGAAUCUCUUUCAUGUUCAUCCCACCUGUAGCUGUCCAGGACUCCCUCUGGAGAUUACCUGCCUGAGGAAGGAUGCUUUAGGGCAGUAGUUGUGGUCAAAUAUCAAGUUGUCAUGUGUCCAAAAAAUUUCACAUUCUGCUUCAGGGCCAUGGGAACAUCCACUAAAGCUUUUGGCUCUUCCUUCAGCAGGAAGGUUAGAGCUGGACAAAGCAGAUAGGGUUGAAGCUGGACACCUCCAGAGAGCAGGGAAAUGUGUCUGAACAGGGAAAGAAUACUUGAGAGAAAUCCUGGUCACAUAUUUUGGGAGCAGUGUGCCACUCUUGGAAUGAAACCUGCUGUUGCUGGUGAGAUAAUUUCCGAAAGAACCAGGUUUUUGAUACAAUCUCCUUUAUGAACCCUGCACUACUUUGCAUUUGCUCUCACAGCCUUUUGAGCAGAUUGUUUUCUAAGUCCAGGCAAUCAGGCAGGAGUUUGUUGAGCAUUUGGGGAAGUGUGGCCUGGUGAGUUGGGUGUAAUCUUCUUACCCAGAGGAGCUUGUGUAACACACAGUAAAGUGCGGGAGGUCUGAUUGAGGCUGCCCAAUAAUCCCUGCUCAGCCAGGGGAGAGUUGGCUGCUCCCUGGGAAGUGAGGGAAGGGGGAAUUGUGCUCCAGGUCACUUAGAUACAUUGAGGAAUGGUUUAUUCUAAUAUUGGGGGUGUUAAUGUGAGUCUUGCACGAGGCAGUUGUACUCUGAAGCAUUGUUGGAUGUACAGGUGCUUCAAGAAAUGAAAAAAAAACAACUUUGUUCCUUUCAGUCCUGAAGUAUAACCUGUUCUUCUGAAAUAAUUGCUUGAAAUACUUCCCAAGGUUCUGCUUUGUGCCAGAUGCUGCCAUGAUGUUAUCACUUGUGAACUCUGCAAGAUUUGAAUGCAGAGCCUUGAGUUCAUUGUCCAAGUUCAGAGCCAAGGUCAAAGAGCUGCCACGUCCUGGCAGUGGCAGAUCUUUGGGCUGCUGAUGGUGAGCAAACAGAGAGACUGCAGGAGGAAAGGGCAGCCAGGAUGACACAGUGACAGCACUGAGCCACCUGCCUACAGGCACACCUUGAUCAGCUGUGACACUUUGUGCUUGGGCACAGGUGACGUGGCAGAACUGGCUUGCAAGUAGUUAAAAUUCCAAGGGCAUUGCCAUUGGUGGCUGUCACUUGCCAAAACCACACAGCUCUGAACAUCUUCUGAUGGGAGAGCAGCAAGGGCUGUGCCAAAGGGAAACCCAACACCUCUUUUUCUGAGGAAGGAGAGUGGAUUCCUUUCUCCAGUGAAGUCUGGUAUUUAAUUUGGAAGUUUUCCUGGAUCUUUCUUUCCCAGACCAAAGGAUCCCUCUGACGGGCAGCUGGCAGCAUUAGGCACUGCAGCAGGAAGAGAUGAUAUGAAGUGCUCUUAAUCCUCUGACACCGUGCCCUGGAUCCUCAUGGUAUGUCUGAAGGACACAUCUCUGCAUGUUCUGAAUAUGCCAGGUGAAGCCCAAGAAUAACUUUCCACAGGAGUUUGUGACCUCUUAAAGAGGAAGAAGUCAAGAGAGGGCAACUUUUAUUCUAUAUUUAGCCCUAGGUUGUCCUCAUGAAUACUCCCGUGGAGAAUGUCCAUGAUCUUCUUUGCCUGUGUGGUGAGGGUGAGGGAUGGGCUUCCCCUCUCAGCCUCCACAGAUUUCCAUCUCAACCAGGACUUUCUGGAGUGCAGGAAGAGGCUGAAGGCUCUGUCCUCCAUCCUGGCACGGUACCCCAGUCGGGGCACGGCCAAAGGACGUAACCUCAGCAUCCAUUUCCUUUCUUCUGGGGAUAUUGCCUGCAUGGCAAUCUGUUCCAGCAGCUACUCAACCAUCAUGGCCUUCUGCUUCCUGGAAGAGCUUCGCUGGGAAUUUGCUGCUUCCUACAACACAAGGAGUAUCAAUUCAGCUUCCAGACCAUAUGCUUUUAUUGAAUUUGAUAACACCAUUCAGAAGGUGAAACACCAUUUCAACAGCAGCCGUGGCUCCAGGGCCAGGGGCAGCUGGGAGAGGGUGGAGGAGGAGCUGAAGCUGCAGCCCCCAGUGCAGCUGCAGCUGGAGGCCACGGAGCUGCUGAACGGGCUGAGCAAUGGAGGGCAUGCAGGAGGCCAUGUGGAGGUUGUCCCUGCUUACAGAAUGCAGCCUGUGACCCCCCUGGGGAUUCUGUCACUCGUUCUGAACAUCAUGUGUGGAGCUCUGAACCUCAUCCGAGGAGUUCACCUGGCAGAAUAUUCCUUUCAGGAGGACCAUGAAGGAAUUGGAAAUGUGAUAGCUUUUUUUCUACCUUUUCUAGCCUGUGUUUUUCAGUGUUACCUGUACCUCUUCUACAGCUCAGCCAGGAAGGUGAAGACAUUUGUGCUCCUUUUCUGUGUCUGUUCAUGCAACAUCUACUUGUAUGGAUUGAGGAACCUCUGGCAAAUCUCCUUCCACAUAGGAGUGGCUUCUCUUUCCUCUUACCAGAUCCUGACAAGGCAGCUCCUGGAGAAGCAGCCUGACUGUGGUGUAUGAAAAAAAAAAAAAAAAACAACAAAUUUAGGGUUUGCUACUCUGUUUUUACAACUCCUUUUUUUGUAUUCACCUGGCCAGAAAUAGCUCAGAGUGUUUUUUAACCAUCCAUGGCAAUGGUUAUUGCAAGGAGAACAGCUCCAAGCAACCUGGGCUAAGUAGGAUCCUGUAAUCAUGUCCUGCACACUGCAAGGGGUGCAGCUGUGUUUCACAUGGUGCAUGGUGGAGCUUGUCAGGUGUCACCACAGAUGGAAGUUCUUACCAUCAGCAGGCUUUUCCUCCUUGGCUGCCACCAUCCAGACAGCAUUUUGCCAUUUGUCUCACUGGCUCUGUGACAGCUUGGCAGGUCAGUCUUGCCCUGCUGCUGCAAAUACUCCAGUUGUGUAGUAAAACAAGGGUAAAGUGAUGGGUAACAUUUCUGUCUCUAGAUUGUCUUGGUAAAUGUGAGGAAAGGGGUUGUCUGCUAUAAUUAGGUGAGUGCAGAAUCAGUGGGAAAAAUGCUGAGGGUGAGUUUCAGGGUCAUUCUUCUAGGUUUGGAAGGACAGGGAAAGGCUGUGGCUCUUUUAUAAACCAUAAAGUCUAUAAAUAUCUCCUUGGCUGAACAGCACAUUCAGUUUAGUGUGUGCUCAUGGGUUAAUUGCAAAUAUGCUUGGGGCAGCAGAAAAUAAUCCCAGGGGGUGUAAGUGAUCUGUCAGCUCUUGUGGCCUUUGUUUCCCUGGCUAAGGUCACUUUUUGGAUAAGGGCAAUUCCAUGUUUGCUUGGCCUCUUGGGUAAUAAAUCUUCCAAACCUAUUUAUGACAGGCCACUGACUCCUUCACCUUUUUUUAAUAAAAUGAAGAGCUGGUGGGUAGAAAGCCAUUUCCAGGAAUGGAAAGCAAGAGCAGGUUCUCUUUGUUCUGUAAAACACCUGUGGUUAAUGGUGGUGAAUUCUUACACUCAGAUUGAGUUUCUGGGUGUGCACUUGGAACUGGGGACUGGAAUUCCCAACCUCUGCUGCACUGGCUCUUCUGCUCUCUCAUGGAUCCAGGUGCACAGGGGCAUUUUAGGGCAUAGAUGAAUAAUUUAGGCUGGCUGUUAAAAAAAUGCAUAGCAGUUUGAUGCAGCUGUCCUUGAGGGCUUGUAGAGAUUCAGACUGUAGGUAUGUUAUUGUGGAAUUAUGGUCCUAAAAUUUCCUUUUAUUUUUUUUUUUUUCCUUUCUGAUCAUCCCCAUUUCUUUCACCAAAGAUUUCUUUUUCCUCUCACAGAGUCUCUACCUCUGGUUGCAAAGAGAUUAACAUGCAGCAGAGUUGUCUUUUUUUUUUUUGCAAGAACACUUGACAAAAUUACUUGCUUUUAUCUCAGUGAGUUUUCCUGGAAUCUCAGGAUGCAAACACAAAGAUCAGACCACAAAUUUGUGGUUGCUGAACUUUGGAAGCACUUCUGGAUGCAGCUGACUGCAGCAGCAGCAUCCAUGGGCAGCUCAUUCCAACCUGGACAGUUUCUAGGACAUCAGGGGACUUAGUGCCAGAGCUUUUCCCAGGAGGAAGGUGUAGAGAUUUCUUUUUCACUGCUCUUACUGGAACAGCAACGUGAUAAAAACCUCCAAAGUGUGAGGAAUAGUCUGGUAGGAAUGAUGGAGGAAUAUUUCAGCCAGGCAUUUAAGGACACAGCUCGAGCUGUGUGCCAUGAGGGAAAGGUUUUCUGUUCUAAGGGAGGGGAUUAAAUUGGUUUGUCUGUCAUUGUCCCAGUUUUCUGUCAGGCUGCAAGUGGAGAAAUGAAGCCACAAUUCAAGCACUGUCCCUGAGACACCAAGAUGACCCCACAGAUGUGAGGGGUUUUGUGCUGCUCUUAAUUUUCAUACUGUUCACUCCCAGUUUUCCCUGGUAAAUUACUUCUGGAGACUGCAGGGAACUCAGCCACUCAGAGUUUGGAUUACAAGUUUAAAAAAAAAAAAAUCUGCAAAAAGAGCACCCCAAAUAUCUGACACUAGAAAUUUAACAGUUUAAGGAUAUUUGAUCUGGUGACUGGUGGUGUUUUCCAGGAGCAUCAAUUGAUAUCAACCCCCUGGAUUCCUGUGGGGAAAGGAUGAAGCAUUUUAUACAGACAGACAAAUCUUCAUGAAAAGGACUUCAGGACAGGAGCCAGCUCCCUGCUCCUGCCUUUUUAUCCUCACUCUGGCUAAAGAGUCCAGAAGAGCUUUUCCUGUUUCUCCUGGGCUUGGCUGAAGCCAGCCCACACAGAGCAUUUCCAGAGGGCAUUCCUCAGAGCUGACUGGAAAAGUUGUAACAUUCCUGCUGCUUCCCCAGCAUCCAGCUGCUCUGUCCUGAAACAAAUCCAUCCCUGAGCCAGGGGAUGGCAGCCACAGCUCUGCAGAGGAGUGCUACAACAGGGGGUCUGGAUAAUUGUGCAAUUAGCAGAGUGGAGAAAGGUUAAUUUCAGCUUUUUUUGAAUUGGUUCUCCUAAAAACGUUUCAGUAAAAUCAAACCAAAUCAGUUGUUCAGUUCUGCCUUUGCCUAAACUUGUAUUUUUUUGCUUUGUGGAUUUUUGGGGAAUGUGGCUGAAUCUUCAGGUGUUUUCUACCCAAUGACAGAGCUCUGUUUUGGGGUUGGUCUUAAUCCCUUUGCAACCUUUUAUUUUCCUGAAAUAGGUGUAAACCAUAUUAAGGAAUCUUCAUGGAUUAGUCUGUGUGCACUUCAUAGGUUUGGUUGGGGUUCCAGGAUGAGGCAGAGCACCCAAAAUUUGAUCUAUUUUUAUUUUUAAUUUGGUAUUUAUCCCAUGUCCACACAGUGUUUAUACAGUUAAACAUUUUCUCUUGGCAAAACAGCACCAGGAACAGAAUAGUUUACAUUGAUCUCAGUGCUUUAAGAUUUGAUAAAAAAGAAUGACUUGCAGUUUGAGAACACAAAAUCUGACUCAUAAUGUGGCAUUUUUCCUGUACUGAAUCAAAUCCCCAAAGAGAAAUCCAUCCCUUUUUUCAGCUUUAAACUGGUUAAUGUGGUUUGAAUUGCAUCUUCUUCAUUCUGUCACUUUGCAAGGGAAGUCUUUUGGAAACUCUUCUCCCCCAGCAGCUCAACACAAGCAAAUUGGCAAAGAAUAAACUUCAGAAUAAUUUCCAGGUUUGCUUAGUCAGUGCUUAGUCACUUUAUGAAGCUGGUAAUUCUCUGGGUUUUUUUUUUUUUUUCCUUUUUCCCAAAGACCUGUUGAGUUUGUAGAAGGUGGGCUGGUACCUUUUUAGACAUUUUUGCACUGUAUUAAUAAUUGAACCUGUGUAAAUGUGUAUAAAAUCAUUUUGCAUGUAUAUGUAUAUAUGUACAUAUAUCUAAUAAAUGGCUUCUUUUGUAA